GAAAGAGGUGGGCAAGCAGAGGGAAGGGGAAGGGGUGGACGAGCUGCGAAUGCAGUUGCAGCAGCUAAUGAAGAUGAACAAGUGCAGGAUGAUGAACAAGUCCACAAAUUCGGAGCUAAAACUCAACUAACGUUGUAGAUGAUCCAUCAUCUUCACAACAUGGACAGCUGCAUGUUGUGGUGGACCUGGUCCAUGUGGUCUCAACAGACGGCCAGCUGAGAAGAAGCAGGGACUCAGGUGACGAUGGAUGAGGUUAACAGAUGGUCUUGUGAGGUGUUGGUAGGUACUUCCUGACGUCAGAGUCCUCUACUGGUUCUCUGGGUCUCUGAGAAUCUUGAGUUGAAAAAAUACUUUCGAGAUGUGUAGCACACAUGCAAAAAGGUAAUUCCAAAUCUUGGCCAGUAGGAGCGGGUACGACUGCGCACUCUCUCUUGUCCAUGUUCCACCUCCUUGCUCUUCUGACCGCCACCGCGAGAUUGAUGUCGAGCUCGAGUGCACUACUUUUAUUACAACAAGAACAAUCAAGCAACCAGCACACACCUACUGUUACUGAUGAUGAUCAUCAUUCACAUCCUCAUCCAAGAGGACACACCUUUAGGAGGAGAUGUAUCGCUGUAACGCUCGGGCCAAGAUGGGGCCAGGUUUUAAGUAGUAUACCGGGGGGAGAAAGCAUAAGGCCUUUAGUAGGACCGCGGGCGGCGUUCGCUGACCCUUACGGAGGUCGUCCAUGA